CAUGGCAACCCCGCGAUGCGCGGGAGUUGCUACGUUGUUCAGUCGAGCUUUAGCCGUCAGUGAGUGCGGACGUGCGUAGAUCCAGUUCUCAGUUCAGUGCAACAACGAAGCCACCAUGCACGACACCAUACGUAAUCAGUUCGAGCAAGACGGCUACGUGGUGCUGGAAGACUUCCUGCGGCCGGCCGAGUGCGACGAGCUGAAGACAGCCGGCCUCGAGCUCACCAACCACCUGCCUGAUGGAGAGCAUAGAGCCAUCUUCUCCACUACGGAUAAAAACCAACUGAAAGACGAGUACUUCCUGAACAGCAACGACAAGAUCAGCUACUUCUUCGAGUCGGACGCCCUCGGGCCCGACGGGAAGCUGAAGGUGGACCCGAGCGUGUCCUUGAACAAGGUGGGCCACGCCCUGCACCUGCUAGACCCGAUCUUCCGCUGCUACACGUACAGUGAGCGCGUGCGCGCCGCGUGCGCUCAGCUCGGCCUGCGCGACCCCGCCGUGGUGCAGAGCAUGUAUAUCUACAAGAACCCCGGGGUUGGGGGCGAAGUCGUGGCACACCAAGACGCGACCUACCUGCACACUGAACCCAUCCCCCCAGUCGGGUUCUGGAUCGCACUCGACGACGCGACCAUAGAGAACGGUUGCCUGUGGAUGGCGAGGGGCUCCCACAAGUCUGGCGUCCACCGCCGGCUGAAGCGCACGGGGGGAGACCCUGCGCUGGACUACGACCGACCCGCGCCUAUCUACCCGCAGUCCAGCUUCACCCCUGUACCUGUUAGCAGAGGCACCUGCGUCCUGAUCCACGGCCACGUCGUGCACAAGAGCGCCCACAACAAGUCGGACAAGAGCAGGCACGCGUACACCUUCCACGUGGUGGAAAGAGACAACAACACGUACUCGACGGAGAACUGGCUGCAGGAGGGCGAGAAUGCGCCCUUCCUCAACAUCUACACGACGCCACAAAUUGUCUGAGCCCGCGGCGCGAGCGAAUCGACCUUAGUUAAUAGUUCUAAAGAUGGCGGCUUGUAGAAAAUUUUAGCGGUAAUUUUUUUGGUCAAUAUUUCUUUAAAAAUUGUAAGUUUAGUAUUAGGUAGACUGCUGAGGUUCUGACAUGAUAAAAUUAAUAUAUUUAUAGUCAUUUCUUAUAGAUUUUAAUAUAAGUCAGUACUUAUAAUAGUCAUCCUACUUAUCCUUAACAGAUAUUUAAAAAUGUUGGUGCUUUUGCUGAAAUCUGAUAAAUUGGUCAACACUCUUUGCCAGUCGUGAACUCAGUCAAAUAGUAGGAAUAUUACUUAGAAAACAUAAAGAGGUAAGUAUAAUGAGUACAAGAUAAAUCAUAAGAUAAUUAAGUAGGUAUGUUUAAUAACCCUAGAUCGCCGUAUUUUUUUUAAGAAAAUAUUUUUUAUAAUUUUUUUGUUCUACAUUCUUUAUAUAAGUAAUUACCUUUAGAAAUGCGUACCAAAAAUAAUUUAGUCAUUGUUUUGAUAAAAUAUGCUUUUAAAUGCACCUAUUAUAGAAAUGUGGCAACUUGCAUUUUACUUUAAGUUUUCGUAAUUAUUCUUUUAGUACAAGUAAUUUGAAAUAUUUGCGACAAAACAAGCAAAGAAUAUUGUUGUCCUAAUGGCUGAUAAUGAAACAUAAUAACCAUUAUUUACAAUCACGAGGGAAACCGUAUGGAAACGAGGAUUCUAAUGUUUAAGUAAGUACAAAAGUUUAUCGUCAAAAUAGUUUUCCUUGUUUAAGUAUCAUUUUUUAAGUAUCCGUGAUAUGCUGCUAUUAAGUGUGAGCAUUGUGAUAAUUUGUGAAUACUCGUAAGUGCUUAGUUUUCAUCUUUAGAUAGUAAUUAAUAAUUACUAAACACCGUUUGUCCACUACGUUGGCUCUCGAAGGCAAAUACGUCGAUGCCGUCCCGUCAUCUUCAACAUCAGUGGACAAACGCACUGAAGGUAGCAUCGCGUAAUACACUCACGGGCAAUGAAAAAGUUCCAGUCACAAAAUUCCGAUACCAAACGACCCCAAUUUUUUUCAAAGAUUUAAUUUAAAUUUUUUACCAAAUACCUACUAUCGAUUUUACUCGGUAAUAACCUGAUGCUCUGUUAAAUGUACUUUAAUGUUGCAGGAGGCGUUAUUAAGCUAGCAUUUUCCGAUUAGGAGUAAUUUGGUGUUUUUCUCAGUGGAACCUUUUCAUUGCCCGUGAGUGUAUAAGUUCGUAGAUAAAGAAAUAAAAUGAAAAUGUCUGCCAAACUCAUUUUAUCUCGCAGGAUUGGUGCGAAGGAAUGACCACCAUUUUCAUCUUGUUUCUACUCAGGUACUUAAUCCUGCGCGUAUUUUACAUAAUAAGUAGCUAUAAUACCUAAUGGUGGUUUUUUUUAGCACUGAAAAUUAAAUAAAGUUCAUAAAAAUUA